GAGGGGUCCGAGAGCUUCAUAUUAAUACUCAUGUAAUUUAUUUUUCUAUUGCUAUAUAUACGAGCAGAAAACCCCAUCGUCUAUAUAAGCUUUCUCUAUAGGAUCUACCCUUAUAAUACAGCAUACAUACACUCUACUAAACGAACCAUCUACCAUGUCUACUCAAACAGGAAGCUGCUGUUGCGGCAACAUCAAGGUCACCGUCACCGGCGAGCCUGUGAAGAACGUCCUCUGCCACUGCCUCGAUUGCCACAAGACCUCGGGUUCGGUGUUUAGCCACAACGCAUUAGUACUUGACAAGGACUUCACUCUCGUCUCCGGUACUCCUAAGGAGUUCACUAAGAAAGGCGACUCUGGGGGCGUCAUCACGUCGCACUUCUGCGGCGAUUGCGGCACGACGCUGUGGCGUAGCGGUGACUUCUUUCCGGGAGGGAAGAUCGUGAAGACGGGCAUCAUAGAUGAUCUGACUUGGGUGGGGGAAAGGCAGGCGACGGGUGAGCUGUUCCCCGAGCGCAAGACCGCGUGGAUUCCCAAUCUCGUGAAGUCAUAAGCUUGAAAAUGUGGUUGAGAGUGCGACGUGUUUAAAUUUCUUGGUGUUGGAUUUGGUAUAUAGUGAUAUACAAUGGAGAGUUUGUGGCGA